AUGAGUGAUUCGGUCAAAAGUGCGUCGGAGAGUUCAGACGAUGAGGAGUAUAUUCCUCCAGCGAAACUUCUAGCGGAUUAUGUGGAGGAAAGCUCCGAAGAUUCAGAUGACAAAAUCUCAGAUGGCGAAGUAGGAAAAGGGGUGAAUGCCAAAAUGGAAAGUAAGCUACUCAAGGAGAAGGAUAGAGACGAAAUAUGGACUGAUUUUCUCGAGAAAACUAAACCGAUGGUAACUUUGCAAAUUUUCACUUAUGAUGACCAAUUAGAGCAACCCUCGUCACAUAAAUCCCGGGAAACUCAAGCGAAAAGUAACUCCACUCACAAUUCUCUGCCUGCAGUUUCUUUCCAUGGUGUUAAGUCCAAUUCCCACAACUCAUCGAACGAAAAAGUCGGUGGACUGGGUUUAAAACGACCUGCAUCCUCCACCGGUAAUCGCUUGGCAGAUGCUCUGAAAAGGCUAAAAUCGUCAACCCUUUCCUCCGGUGUCCCAAAGAUAUCCGUUCUGGUCUGUCUAAUUUUGAAAUUAUCAUCAGACUUGCUUUUUAAAAUGGCUGGAGAAAAAUCGAGGCAAGAUUGGGAAUCCUUCACUGAGAAGGAAGGCAUUAAAGACGACCUCAAGCUACACAAUAAGGGCAAAAACGGGUAUGUCGAACGAAAGGCAUUUGAAGCACGAACUCAGGAGCGGGAAUAUCAGAUAUUGAAGGAGGCUCGCCUAAAGAGUAUCCAACGGCGGUGA